AUGUAUAAUAAUACAAGUCCAAUAAGACAUCAGGUUAUGUAAGGUCCUCAAAAUAAGUCAGUGUCUCCAGUGUCCAGAUUUCAAAUAAUGGGCAAUAUUCAACCACCUCCUGGGAUGAAAACAGUGCUCAAACCCAAAGUAUAUGAAGUAGUUGAAGUGCCUCUAAAUCAUUACACAUCGGUGCCUUCCUUCCAAACACCUCAAUAAUAGUAAUAUGAUCCGGAGUUGCAAAGGAGGAUCAAGCAAUUGGAACAAGAAUCAUUUAAUUGCAGACAGAAAAUUGAAUAAGAUUAAAGAAAUGAUAAAUUUUAACAGCUCAAUGAAAAAAUUAGAUAACAAUAAUAAGAAAUUGAAAGGCUCAAGUCAGUCAAUGACCCAAACCUUAGAUUGCUCAAAGAACAAUGCGAUUAUUACUUUAAUCAAUCGUAAUAGGCAGAGUUGGAGAAAAAUGUAAUAAUCUUUAAUUCAUUAAUUAUCUAUAGGAAUUGAUCCUAAGACUCAAAUAAAACGAGUAACAAAUGCAAAAGAUCCAGCAAUAGUAAAUCCAUAUAAACGAUAAGGAUGUUAAAUACAAUCAAUUAUACAAUGAACACGAAUAAUUGAAGUAGCUGUAUUAAAGUCUUGAAAAUUAAUUGUAAUAACAAAUGGACAAGCAGAAAACAGAAUGCGAUAGAAUUUACAAUUAGAAUUUCUCUUAAAUCAAACAAAAGUAAAACAACUUAUCAUAAAAUAGUUCUGAAUUGAGAAGCAAACAAUUUGAUGAUUAGAUCUCAAAGUUACAAGAGGAAUUGAAUAAUGCAAUCAAUGAGGUGGAAGUGUGGAGAUAAAAAUAUCACAAAGAGGAUAUCAACCAUAUGAAUCAAACAACGAGAAUUAAUGAAUUGGAAUUGAUCAAUUUACAUUAGAUUAAAGAAAUUGAAAGAUUGCAAUAACAGAACAUUAUGAAACAAUAAGACAAUGAUUCACUGCAAUAGAAAAUUACUUACUUGGAAUUCAAUUAUCAACAAAUUUCAUCCUCUGGAUUAGAUAGUGAAGUCAAGAGACUUAAAGAGCAAUUGGAGUCAAGAUAGAGAGAGAUAGAUGAUUUAAAAAGGAGGAACACUGAAAUUGAAUAGAAUUUGCUAAGGUUGAAAGAUCAUGAGAUCUAAAUUGAAAUCAUCAAAUAGAGAGUAAAAAUAAUCCAAUUAUUGUAGAAUUAAUCAUUUGAAAAUUAAUUGCAAGAGUCUGAUCGAUUCAAACAUUAAUAUGCAUCUUAACUCAUUGAACUGGAGGAGUUACGCAACAAAUAAAUUAGAUUGGAGAACAAUGUUAAUGAUCUGAGAAGGAAUGAGUAUAGACAACAAGCUGAGAUUAAUAGAUUGAAUGAUUUAGUAAGAGUCAAGGAUGAGGAGAUCAAUAAAUUGUAAAUAGAUUAUAAGAAGAAUAUGACAUAAAUGACUUAGCAAAUGAAUUCAUUUAGGUCCUUAUUGUAAGCAAUUUACCUCAUAUCUUAGUGAACGAGACAUUGAUACAUUAAACAUGAAUAGAAAUAGAUUAGAUAUGGAGAAUAAGGAAUUGAUUGAUUAGAGAUUGUAACAAUUAAGCGAGGAGUUGAAUCUGACCAAAAAGGAUAGAGAAUAAUUGCAAAUAGCCUGUUCUUAAUUAACAUAGACUAAACUUGGAUUAGAGAAUAGAAUCAUUGUUUUGUAAGGAGAAAUAGAUAGAUUGAAUUAGUUAGUUAAAACACAAAGCAAUGAAAUCAAUCAUCAUUUACAGACAUUGGAGUUAUAGAAUGAUUAAAUUGAACAAUUUAGAUAAUAAAAUGAAAUCUACAAAAAAGAGAUGGAUGUAUAUCAAUCAUUCAUAUUUAGCUAUUUAAAACUAACUCUAAUUCAAACUUCUUUUAAUCGGGAUCAUAGAAAAAGUUUGAUUUCAUUCCUAAUCAGCAUUCAGAUUCUAAUUGGAAUUGAUGAUUUAACAUAAUAUCA